UGCCUUCGCGAAGCAAAAAAUGUUUAUUCUGUUGUUACCACAAGAUUAGUGCGCAUGAAAUUGCUGGGAAACUUUUUUACUAACCAGCUGGAAACGUUUUCGAUCCACUGUCGAAAUAUGGACCAAUCUGUCGUCCAUCCACGCUCCCAUGGAAAAACAGUUCAUCGAGAGAGCCAUCAACACCGUCACAGCCAACCUAAAAGGCUGCAUAAAGUUUGAGGAGAUCUCUCUUGACCUCACUGAAUUCAGGCGCCGGUGACGGAUGACGGAGCGGACGAGAAGCAGUGCUAUUCCUUUCCCGGAAUCUACAAAGAAUUCAUGUCCGGCAAGGAACAGCGCAUGGUGCUGGCGCGCGGAACACAAGAUUGUCUGGGCGGGACCAAGUACAAUAUCCCGAAAUACUUUGCUCUUGUCCUCGGCCAGCGUACAGAGCAUCAGCGUCCGGAUCGCGAUGAUUUCAUCGAGAUUAUUAAGGAUAAUAUACAGGACGGAAUGGAAUUCGCGUAUGACAAAAUAAUAUGACUGGAGCACAGCGACCAGUUCGUUCAUGUACGACUAUUGCUCGGUAAGGCUGGCAGUUUUAAACGGAGGAACAUAAUAUUAUCGUAUAAUUACAUAUAUGAGCACGAGAAUUGCGGUUCCUUCGAAAAGUCACGCAUAAUCAACUGGAAGUGUUUGCCAAACCGGGAUUAGAAGAGUUUAAAGUGAAGAACCCGCCGUAUCGCAUUCCGAUGCUGGACUAUCGCUCGGAAGGCGACUGCCACGAAAUUAUGACGGCUUACAAAUCCGAUAAAAAUACAAAAUGCGACGCGAAGCAGUGCGCCCCAGGUAGCGUUAAUGAUUUUUGAGCGGCAGGUAAGGCAUUGCUCCACGUCUUGGUGGUUGGCGGUGUGAUCGUUGUUUUUGUUUUUGGCGUCGUCGUCUGGGUGGUCGGUUUGGUCGUGGUUACCGUAGUGGUCUUGGGUGUUGUAGUUUUUGGCUUAGUCGUCGUUUUCGUUGUGGUAGACGGUGUCGUUACCGUAGUCGGCUUUGUGGUCGCUGUUUUCGUGGUGGUUGUCGGAGAGGUUACCGUCGUAAUCUUUGCUGUGGUCGGUUUUGUUGUGGUUGUCGUUGUUGUCGUCAUGUCGAAGUAUUUAACUGCAAUAGACAAUACUUAGCGACAACCAAGUUGACAAUGACUCCCACGACUACGAAGCCGACAACAGAAAAAACGACGACAAACCCCACGACAACGCCGACCACAGCGAAGCCGACAACGACGCCGACGACAACCAAGCCGACAACGACAAAAACGACGACAAAACCAACAAAAACACCAGCCACAACGAAAGUAACGACGACAUCAACCACCACCAACCCAGCUACCACCUCACUGAAACCAACGGUUGCAACAACCAAACCUACAACAAGGGCGACCACGGUGCCGACCACAACGAAACCUGCUACGACAAAGUCCACGCCUACUACAACGAAGGCAACGACGACAUCACCGAAAACCACGGUAACAACCGCCAAGACUUCGCCGGUGACAACGAAACCAACCACAUCUGCUACCACAAAGCCCACCACGAAACCGACAACAGCCAUUCCCGUCACCACCAGAACUACGACCACCAUUAAGCCGACCACCCCAAGCACGACAACGAAACCAACCACGUCCAAACCGACGUCAACAUCAACUGUGAAACCUACGACAAGGCAAAAGUCGACCACGAAUCCAACGACUCCGAUAACAUCUAAACCAGCAACGACCGUUGCCACAACGAAACCUACCACAACCACGGCCAAAACGACCACCGUAGCGGUGACGACCAAGCCAACACCGACGACGCCGACAAUGAAACCGACCGUAAUAUCCACUCAACCUACAUCGCAGCCUUCGACAACGAAGCCGACGACAGUUAGUGUGACCAGUAAGCCGACGAAUCCGCCGACAAUCGGGACUCCAACGACCCAAACAUCCGUAUCGACCGCCGCCAGUACGCAGUUUACUGUAACGACGAAAGCGACAAUCACCGCGUCACCAGUACGUUGCCACCGAUGACCGUUACGACCGAUCCGCCGACACCGAUGCUGACGGCAACACCCGUCACCUUUACAACGAACCCUCCCACACCGGAAACGACGACCCAGUUCACCACGACCGCGGCCUCGAUGACGACGCAAAGCAACCAAGAAACGACGACAGUCUGCUUCGACAUAAACGCCGUGCCAUUCGUGCCAACGACGGUUUCGGUACAGACGACGCUCAGCCCGAAUAACAACGGACAGACGGCCGUCGUAGCGAAUACGCUUUGCUCCAAGCCAUCACAAGCUGCGUCGAACUCGAGAUCCAAUGAAGGACGAGCGUUUUACUAGAUGCUUUUUUAGUUUUUCAGUUUUCGAAACUCGACGUGUAAUCAGCGGUUUUUAGUAGAUUAUUUCGUGGCGUCUUAUUUCUCAGUCUGAAGCUUAUUUAUCUGUCCACCGUAUGAAUCUGAGCAAUU